AUGUCUACAGAUAUGUUCGUAACACCAAGUGAGCGUAACUUCUGCAUGCGUAUUGGCCAGUUUACGGCAAAAGAUUACGAUUCUCUUCCUCAAACGAUCGAUCGCGAUAAGGCUCUUCUUCGAGCGCACAUGUUGCUGCAUAAAUCGGAGAAAUCAACAGGACGUCACACAAGUAUGACAAAAUAUUUCUGCUGUUGUUUGUAUUUAUGGUUGUUUUUUUUUUCUUUUUGUUGCCGCGUUGUCAAAUAAAAUAUUGAUCUUUAAUUAAACCCAGGCUUUAUUCACUCUCUUUCCUCUGUAAAAUUUACGCUAUUUGAUCGAUCAUGCUGGUAGAUCUAUCUCUCCGAACCAUCCAUCAGAAUUGAAAAUAAUAGAUAGUUUUCUGUUAAUUCCAACGUGUAGAAAGUUCUAUUCUCUUCGUUCGACUGAAUUCGUUUAAUAACCAGCUUAUCUGAUUAACGUUAUGUUAUAAUUGUCGCAGUAACAGGUAAAAUGGAAUCGAAUUCUAAUAUGAACGUAUAUGUUCUCUGAGUCGUCAGCAUGAUUAUUCAAUAGCUGAUGAGUAAUCAAGAGUUAUUAAUUACUGCUUCUCUGUUAAUCUGAAUAGAUUACGAGAUACAUUUUUCAAAUUUAACAGACUGUAAUGACAAGUUCUGUUAUAUUUCAUCUACUGCUACUUAAUUAUCAUAAUUUUCCAGUUAAUAGCGAACAGAUAGCACUGUUCGUGAUCUUAAGAUGCUUCGUUAUGCUCCAUAAUUCGAAUAAAUUCCGAAAUAUGACGCAAGAUAGACAUGCGUAUCAGAUAUCGCUGAAUACACGAUUUAUGUCAUUGCUUAAAAUUGAUAUUAAAAUUUUUAACAAACGAAGAUCUGACUUUUUUAAAAAACAUAAUUUUAGUUUAAUUAAUUAAUAUCAAGCAGAUAAUAUGGUAAUUAAUAAUACUUUCAUACGUACAGAGUUUACUAAAAUUUUCAAGCACUCCCGAGUGUAAUCAAGAAAUGUUUCAGACAAAAGUUAGUUAGCUACAAAUUGUAUUCUUUUCUCGAUAAAAAACCAAAAUCACCUUGACUUUUUUUAAUGGCAUUAUGCAUUUUUGAUUUGGUACCGUUAUAGUUGAUGUCAAGAUGAGUUCAACUGUGAUCUUGAAAUGCCUUAGCGGGCAAAAAUUGGAAUUUGAUUGAGAAAUAUUCAUGUAAGAAAUUAGAUAAAUAUACAUAAAUAUGCAUUUGCCUUAUGCGUUAACGAGGAAAUUUUGUACGUUUAAAAUUAUGUUGCCUUAUAAAUUAUUUCGGUAUUGCUUUCAAUAAUAAUAAAAUAAUUAUGACUGCGUUUAAAAAAAUUCAUUUUUUGACUGAUAUUUAUUUUGAUAAGUAAAAAUUCUUCAUACGGAAUAAAAGGUAUUUUAGUAAUUUUCACUUGUACAGUUUGUUGAUCGUACAUACAUCAUUUCUGAACAUGUUAUUUAAAGCAUCGUCGUAAUAAAUAUAAUUUCUCAUAUGAGUUUUCCUGAUUAUUUGAAGGUCACAAUAUUACAUAUCGUUGUUCUAUAAUAUCAUUCAAUUACAAUCGUAUAAAAUCAAAAAUGUAAAACACCACUGAAAAAAUCCAAGGUAACUGUGGCUUUUUAUCGAAAAAAAGAAUUUUAUUAUUGUAUUUUGUAAUUGAGGCAAAACUGACCAAUUUUUGUCUGAAACAUUUUUUGAGUACAUUAUCCAACAUGCUUAAAAAUUCACAAAUAGCACAAACACCCUGUAUAUUAGAAUUAUUAUAUUUUCAAUUUUUCAUUUGAGUUGCAUAGGAAUAGGUUUGCAUAGUGACCAAGUUGACGAAGUUGACCAAGAUGCAUAGGAAUAGGUUUGCAUAGUGAGAUUAUUUGGACAUUGUUUACCUGUUUACUAUGAUAGAAUACGUCUAUGUACGUUGAUAUUAGCACUUGUUAUAUUAGCAGUUUCUGAUUUUAUGGAGAAAAAGUAAAUGAUACAUAAAACUUUAUGUCCUGGUUUAAUUUCUUAUUGAAUCAUUUGAAAAUAAACUUACUACAUGUUUAUAUGCUCUAAAAAAUUUUAUGGAUAUGUCUUCAUAUAAUGGAUUCGGUGUAUGAAGUUUGGUAGCAAAGAUAUUUUCAAUUAUAUAUUUAUCAGUUGUUACUCAAAUUUAUAAAUUGAUUCAUUUUUCAAUUAAUAUUUUGAGCAAUAAAAUUGACAAUAUUUAUUAAUUUUUUAUAUGUAACAUGUAUCUAUGAUAUUGAUUUAUUUUAUUGAUUUUGAUUUAUUUGAUUUAUUUUAUUGAUUUUAAUUCCAUGAAAUAAACAUUUUUUUAGCUUUGUACAUAUUUCUUCCUUUAAGUACAUUUAUUUUGUAUAUUUUUCCUCCUUACAAUACAUGUAUGAGGAGAAAGGACCAAAGUAUAUUCUAGCAUAUUUUUUAUUAAAUAACUAAACAAAAAUUGCAAAAAUUAAAAAUCUAUCAACAUGCUCAACAUGGUCUUUUCUACGACAUCUGGUUCCAUUUUAAAAAUUUUUUCUUUCCAUUUUUUAAUUUGCUUGUUUCUACGUUUUAAAUUUUCUAUUGAUAUUUUUAAAUUGCAUGUUUAUAUCUUGUAUCAAUGCAUAUAUAUAUAUAUAUUUUUGUUUAUAAUUCUUCGUUUGCAAUUUUAUUUACGCGUUUUAUUCACAUUUUACUAUUUCAACUUGGGUAUAUCUGGAUGUAACAGAGCGAAUCGAUCCCUAUGUCGCGUGAGGCAUCGUGUGAUACACGCGGAACGUGUUAACUAUUAGAAAUUCUCGCAAGUGCGCGGGAAUCAUGAUACACUAUGAACUCGCUAAACUUCGUUUUCCAUGAAAUCUGAAAAGAAAGCAGUCGUAAUUACUUCAUAAAAAAAAAUUAUUAUAACACUCGUUAGUUGCAUUCAAUUCAGAAAAAGAGAAAUUGAUCAACGGAAUUAACGUGUUCGAAUUAUCGAGAUUUAAGUAUGAACAAGAGAUGUCUACACAGUGUCUGUCGCUUUUGAAUAUAUAUACUAACUUUUGAAUGGUGGGAGCACCGGUCAGUGACAGACCGAUGAAAAUUGUGAAUGUACGUGGACAGUCACUUACGAAUAGAGCAGAAAAUGUCUAAUUUGAACGGUGCUGGCGAACUUACAAAAAUGGCCAAUACUUACAACGUGUUCGCCGGACCGAUACCUGAGAAACAGCGAUUUAUCGCAGCGAGAAGGACUAAACUACAUCGCCGACAGUGAAAGGCUCGAUGGUAUAUUAAGACGAGCAAUGUGCAAAGAUGUAUCAGUCGCUGAAGAAACUUCUACAACUAGCAGUCAGGUGUGCAGUAACAUGCGCCUAAAUAUGAACGAAAUCGUGAGUAAAGAAUUCGAAAAAUUCUCGUUUCCGCGAUUCGUACCUUUACGAAUUGAACAAAGUAUCUGAGGAAUUCAUCGACACGGGUCCUAAGAUAUCGCUCGCUUCUUCAGUAGAUUCGUUACCGAUCUGAAAGACCAUUACUUUUAAUCCUUGUUGUCGCGAUCAGCUGAUGCAGAAUUAUUAAUCAAUCAACAACAAAAAGAUAAGAAACUCAAUAUAAUAUCGUUUAAAAAUAAAAUUGCAAUUUUAAUAUUCACGGAGAAAUAUUCGCGCUCGAUGUUUCAACUUUAAUUUAUUCACAAAGCAGCGAUACAUUCACUUUCUGAGCGCAUUCUGUUUCAGCCAGUCGACAUUCAAAUGCACAUUCACUAACGUGAACUUUACCUUCAACGUAGGUGCUACUUUCUCUGGUGUCCUUGGCCGCGAGCACGCCGGUGAUCGUGCACCAGGACCAAAGUCAAUUUCAGCCUCAAUUGUACGGUGGCUUCCAACCAAUAGAAAGAUCCGAUCAGGACAGUCUCGGGACUUCCUCGGGCGGAAGUUACGGAAGUGAUUUUGGUGGCAACUAUGGUGGCGGUGACUACAGUGGUGGUGGCACUGGCGGAGAAUACGGUGGUAGUUAUGGCGGCGGCGGUGACUUUGGCGGUGGUCAUGGUGGAGGCCUGGAGGGGUCCUCUGGUGGACACUUGGAGGCCGGCGGUGAUCACUUGAGCUCGGACUACUCUUCUUUAGGAGGUGGAUACGAGGGUGGAGACGAAAGUGGAGUUUCCCUUGACGGAGGUCACAGUGUAGUGCAUAGCGUCCCCGUGUCCGAGCAUGUUGAAGUAACGAAGCCCGUACCGGUUAAAGUGAUCAAACAUAUUGGGGUGCCGGUUCCUCAGAUUUUGAAGAUAGGCGUACCCCAUCCAGUGCCAGUUGGUGUUCCCCAACAGUAUCCAGUGGCUCAUCCGGUUCCAAAAUUGGUUCCUGUGCAAGUGAUAAAAACCGUCGCCGUGCCUGUGGAGAAGAAGGUCCCAUUCCCCGUGGAAAAGCAUAUUCCAGUACCAGUAGAGAAGCCGAUCCCUAUUACGAUCGAGAAGCACGUGCCAGUACCGGUCAUCAAGCCGUAUCCCAUAAAGAUACCCGUGUACAAAACGAUCUACCACCAUGCGAAGAAGCAUUAAACUUUAGCGACUCGUUAUGAAAUGAUCCGACUGAUACACACGUUCACACACGCUUUUACUCUGGAUUCGGUUCCAAAUUGAACCACGCUGAUGAAAUCGCAUUUGUUGAUUGUUGAAGCUGGCUUAAUGCAUAGCAAUUAAUUUUAUUGUUUUUAUCAUGUAUAUAUAUAU